UUGCUCCCCACACUGGCACGUCUCUGACGUCAGGACCGAUUAACGUUUCUUAUUGGUCCCAAAUUCCCCCAGCCUGAGCUAAUUAUUGGGAGCCUGAUGUUGAUAAAGUUAAAGCGCCCGGGCGCCCUGCAGCAUGAGCCCCUCGCCGCACCGCCUCCUCCUCCUCCUCGGGCAGCAGCACCCCCGGCCGCAGCCGCCCCAGCCCCGCCGGCACCCCCCGCGCUAGAGCCGCCCCCAUGAUGGACAGCCGCAUCCUGGAGCACCCCCAUGCCCAGUUCGGGGGGAUGGUGGGUUUCCCUUACCCGCUCGGGCACCACCACGUCUACGAGCUGGCCGGCCACCAGCUGCAAUCGGCGGCCGCCUCCGUCCCCUUCUCCAUCGAUGGAUUACUGAGCGGCUCCUGCGCCGCCUCCGUGGUCAACCCGGCGCCGCUCAUCCCCUCCGGCUGCGGGGUGAGCGGGGACAGUCAGCCCUUCAAGCUCGCAGACUCGGGUGACCCGGACAAAGAAAGUCCUGGCUGUAAAAGAAGACGAACCCGCACCAAUUUUACUGGCUGGCAGCUCGAGGAGCUGGAAAAGGCGUUUAAUGAGAGCCAUUACCCGGACGUGUUUAUGCGAGAGGCUCUGGCUCUCAGGCUGGACUUGGUGGAGUCCAGAGUGCAGGUCUGGUUCCAAAACCGCCGGGCCAAAUGGAGAAAGAAAGAGAACACCAAGAAGGGCCCGGGGCGGCCGGCUCACAACUCCCACCCCACGACGUGCAGCGGGGAGCCCAUGGACCCCGAGGAGAUCGCCCGCAAGGAGUUGGAGAAGAUGGAGAAGAAGAAGCGCAAGCACGAGAAGAAGCUCCUAAAAAGCCAAAGCCGGCACCUGCACUCGCCCAGCGCCCUCUCCCUGCACAGCACGCCCAGCUCCGACAGCGACAGCGGCGGCGGGGGGGGCCUCUCGCCCGCCCCGCCCGAGGCCAAGCCUCGCGGGCAGCCCCCGCCGCCCCACCCGCCCGCCGCCCCCUCCGAGCCGCCCCCCGGCGCCUGCGACCAGCCGGCAGAGCCCUUCUACCCCAGCCAAAGAAGCGGGAGUGGGCGGCUCCAGCGCCCGCCCGACAAGGACUGCGCGGCCGCCCCGUCGGGGGACGGCAGCGGGAGCGCGGGGGGGGCCCGCGGCGCCGCCGGCUUCCACAAGCUCAACCCGUUCAGCGUGGAGAGCCUCCUCUCCGACUCGCCCCCCCGCCGCAAAGCCGCCCCGGACUUCCCCAGCCUCCCCCCGUGCGCUCCCCGCACCCUCAUCGGCAAAGGACACUUCUUGCUUUACCCCAUCACCCAGCCCUUGGGCUUCCUCGUCCCGCAGACCGCGCUCAAGGCCAGCCCGGGCCCCGAGGCCGGCCAGCCCCCCCGGGACUCCCCGUUACCCGCAGCCAACCCCGGCCCGCCGGGCUGCAGCGCGGAGCCGCCGCCCGCGGGCGCUCAGCCGGGCUGCACGGACUCUGCGGCGGGGCCGGCCGGCGCCUCCCCUCGCUCCGCGGCCGCGCAAGGGGACCCGGCUGCGGCCGCCCCCGCGGAAGGCGGCAGCUUCCCCCGGCCCAAAUCGCCGGGCAGGGCGCGGGACGCCAGCACAGCCAGGGACAGAUCGGACUGCGGCCCCGCCGCCGCCGAGGAGCUGGACAUGGACUGACCGGGCGGAGAGAAAAAAACACACAAAAAACAAAAAACAAACGAAUCUUUAAAGAGAACAAAACAAAAAAAAGCAAAAAUAAACCCACCCGCGCCCGGGAGAAACGGGGGAAGCGCUGCCGGUCCCGCGGGAGGCGGCGGAGCAGCUGGGAGGGAGGCUCUGCCUCUCCUUAGAGUUUAUCACGGGGCCAUUCAGGUGAUCAGUUAGAGAUUUUUGGUUUUUAUA